CCCGCCCACCAGGUCCCUGCUAUCUUUAGAACGGCUAACAGCGAUUUAGACUGGCUCAGAGUGACGGGUUUAACACCGUUACCGUUUCAUACCAGGAGCUUUCUCCGUCUGUGUCACGCUGAAGUGCGGUUCAACUUGAGGAGGAUAGCGCAAUGACACCUCUCGGCUCUUUUCUGCUUCCUUUAACGUGAGAAGUGGGACUCGAGGAUGCUGCUCCUUCUCUCCAACCGGACGGAGCGGCUUUAUGCCGUGCUGCUGCUCGGCGUCGUUGUCGCCGCUGUUCGCGCUAGUAUGCCCGGUAAAGACACGCCCCUCCCUGAUCUCGAUGAACAAAUCGACUACCUGUCUUCAGUCAUCGCCAAGCAGGACGUCUCGGAUGUCCGGCAGUCAGGCUCUUCCGAGUCACUGAGUCAGCCCUUGCCGAAGAGUGCGUCUCACUCGAGUACAGUAAAAGCAGUGACGCACAGUCCCUCCACCACGACCCGGCGAACCUCCAAACCCCCUGUGGCUCAGACGAAGGCUCCGGGCCGUAUCAAACACGUCAGCCCGACCUUUCUAGAAGACGGCCUGAUCGUUCUCAUGAUGUCCGCGUUCAUCAUUUUGGGGACUGUGGCUCUCAUCAUGGCUGCUGUCUGUUGGUUUCGGAUUCAGAGGGAAAGCCAUUUAACUCAGAAAGUGGAUUACCCAGCGUUUCAUGCGGCAGGAAGCAGCUCCGCUAGCGUCGCCUCGACGGGGGACAAGAAGCUGGCUCACAGUGCUCAGAUGUAUCACUACCAACAUCAGAAACAACAGAUGCUCUCGAUGGAAAAGUACACAUCUCUACACAAAGUGGAACCUAAAGUGUCUGAACCUGGAGUUAUAUCAGAUGAGGAAACCGAAGAAGGAGACUUCACUGUAUACGAGUGUCCUGGACUUGCACCGACUGGAGAGAUGGAAGUGAAGAAUCCACUGUUUGACGACUCUACUCUACAGAACGGAAGGAAUCACAAGUGACGUGGCCGCUUACACAGACACACACACUGCCCAAAAUACGUCCAGACGUUUCUUUUUCAUUCGAGAGAAUAUUACUACUAUACCUGCACACUUUUAAUACAUUUAAAAUAACUAAAAAAAAUGCACACACAAACUCGACGUAUCCAACACUGCACAACGAUUUGAUGAUGCCUCUUUUCUUAGCUUAGGUCCUCAGAAUCAAUCAAAUAGGGAAGAACUAUUCACACCCCAACCCUAAAGAGGAUGAAGACUGGAUGGAAAUAAAAGCAAAGGUUGAAAGCGAACUGUCCGUUUCAAUGCACUCUCAAUGAUCACUGUGCACCCAGACUACACAACCUACAUGACUGCAACUCUACACGGCUCUUCACUCUCCUCGCCGUAUCUGCUCGUCGGUCGAUCGGCCCUCGUUUAUAUUUGUCCAGCUUAUGGAAUUAGUUUUUCAGUGUCGUUUUUGUCUUUCUUGUAAAGCUACUUCAUAAAUCUUCCACUUAUAUUUUAAAAGAAUGUGUUUUACACACACUACAUUUAUUCCAUGAAUAUAACCUUUUCCAAUGAUGAGCUCAGAUUUUUAGAAGGAAAAAAACCCCCACACUUUCGAGUUUUUAUGUUGCUCGGCUCUGGUUGUGUAGCGCUCUUCUCAUGUAUGUAUUUAAAGGCUUUGAAUCUUUUUCGUCCUUCUUCUUCUUCUCUCUACUGCCGUCGUCCCGGUCUCGACAACCUCUCCUUUAUACACUUGGCACGUUCGUCUCUUGAUAUGUAAGCUUCUAUUCAGAUAGAAUAAUGAACAGACUUUUUGUGUAUAUAAGCGUCAUUGAGGUGUCACGUACUCAAGUCACUUUAGUAUAAAUAAAUAACCUUGUCAAAGAGGCCUUUUGUUUGUUUAAGCUGAAAGGCAAAGUCUGGCACGGAAACCGCGUCAUCGACUAAUCGCGAGCAUCAAAGACGGAGAUGUGUUUUCAAAACGGAAUUAUAUAUAAAAACGAAACUGAAAACGGUUUUAAUGAGGUCAAAAAAAAAUGUUAUUGAAAAAAAUAAUAAUAAACCUUUAUCAAUUUUCAACAUA